AGGAAGUUGUAGCAGCUGCCAUGUUUAGCUGCUUUGUUGUAGAUUUCUUGUAGGUUUCCUGCAGAUUUCUAAGUGUUGCAAUGGAACCGAGCUGGAGUACAUUUUUAUUUCAGCAGGCUAAUGAAGCCCUCCACCACCAGCACCAGGUGGCCCAGAACAGCCUGCUGCCGCUGCUCAACUCCGGGGCAGAGCCGCCGGACCAGAAGCCCGUGCUGCCCAUCCCCCUGGACCAGAAGCCCCCGGUGAGCGCGGCCGAGCUGAUGAAGGACAACGUGGCGAGCGGGACGGGGGGCGGGGGCGGAGGAGGGGGUGGCGGGGGGGGCCCGCCCCACGUGGUGGUGAAGAAGGAGCAGAAGACCAAAACGCCCUUCAUCUGCGGCUACUGCAACAAGGCCUUCCGCGACAGCUACCACCUGCGACGGCACGAGUCCUGCCACACCGGCGUCAAGAUGGUGUCGCGGCCCAAGAAGACGGCGCAGACGGCCCCCACCAUGGUGCCACUCAUCUCCACCGUGCCACGCGAGAACAGCAGCAACCCCUCCUACAUCUCCACCAUCGCCGGCAUCCUCACCACCGCCACCACCUCCGUCUCCACCGGCUCCAGCAUCAUGUCGGCCUCGCCCAUGGCCAGCGUGCAGCAGCAGCAGCAGCAGCAGCAGAGCGCGCCCAAGAAGCCCCCCAAGCCCGUGAAGAAGAACCACGGCUGCGAGAUGUGCGGCAAGGCCUUCCGUGACGUCUACCACCUGAACCGCCACAAGCUGUCGCACUCGGACGAGAAGCCCUUCGAGUGCCCCAUCUGCCAGCAGCGCUUCAAGAGGAAGGACCGCAUGACCUACCACGUGCGCUCGCACGAGGGCGGUGUGCACAAGCCCUACGUCUGCUCUGUGUGCGGGAAGGGCUUCUCCAGGCCUGACCACCUAAGCUGCCACGUGAAGCAUGUCCAUUCCACGGAGAGACCGUUCAAAUGCCAAGUUACGGCCUGCACGUCCGCCUUCGCCACCAAAGACAGACUACGCUCACACAUGAUCCGACACGAAGGGAAAGUCACCUGCAACAUCUGCGGCAAGAUGCUGAGCGCGGCCUACAUCACCAGCCACCUAAAGACACACGGGCAAGCCAACUUCAACACUUCCUGUAACAAAGGGCUAGGGGACUGGCAGUGGAGCUCCACAGGGGUGCGAAAAGACACUAACGAAGUCUGCAACUCUGCCUCAGCCACACCCGUCACGGCCUCCGCCCCCAUCACCACGGCAAUGAACCGCGGCAACAUCAGCAACCCGGUCACCAUCGCGGCGCAAAUGAACAUUACCACCAACACGGUCAACAUCACCUCGCCAGUCAACCUCCAGCACCCCGUGACCAUAACGGGCCCGGUCAACAUCGCCUCGGUCAACAUCCCGGCCACGGCGCCCAUGAAUAUCGCCCACCCGGUGGCCAUCACCACCCCCAUGCCCAUGAAUAUCACAGGGCCCCUCAACAUCGCCAUGAGACCCAUGGAGAGCAUGCCUUUUCUGUCCCAGGUCCUGCCUUCCUCCCCUCCCUGGUAAAAAGGAAUAAGGGGGGGGGGGGGGGAGAAACAAACUCCAGCCUCCAGUUUUCUACCAUUUCACCUACCCCCCCUUCCUCCCGACUCCACCCCAGGUAUUAACGUUUACUCGGUGCGGGGGGCAGCUGCAGCCGGAAGCAGAGUUGCAGCUCGAAAGAUAAAAUACAAAAUAGGAGAAUGCUAGGGCUUUUUUUCUUUUUUUCUUUUUUUUUAAUUUUUUUUUAAUGGUUUUGUUUUUGUUUUGUUUUGUUUCUUUCCUUGAUCUGAAGGACAUUGAGUUUUGGAGGGGGUGUAGAACAGCACAUUUGGCAGUUUGAUGGGCGGAGUGAGAUGAAUGAAGGCGUUUGCCUCCUGUCCAGCCUCAGGACCGCAGGACCUCUGAGUUUGGGAGGGGAGGGUUUGGGUAAAAGGACAAAUGCAAUAAGUGUGCAUUGCUGGUGUUAGUUUCAACGGAUAUCUCACCGAGUUGUGGGUGUUUAUGAUGUUUUUUUAAUAGCCUGCUAAUCAGUAUUUAAUGUUUUAAGGAGAAAACGACGACAAAAGGGACAAAGGCUUCCAUUGUGAGGGAAGAAUUUUUCAUGUGUGAAACUUGAUUUUUAGCUUUUUAUUUUGAGGUACAGUGACUAUGUUAUGCGGUUGCUUAUGACCCGAUAAUGUUAACCCUCUCCAAUCACUCCAAUCUAUUAACAUCAUGAAGUCCCUCACUGCUUAAGGUAUCUUCAGUUUAUUUGUCUUUUGUUUGGGAUGGCUGGAAUGUGCUUCUUUUACUUGGCUGUCAGUGGACAUUGGCCACUGACAGCAGUUGGAAGAGGAGUCUUGCACUGAAUGCAUAUCCCGUGUGUAAUAAAAUGCCAGUAUUAUCAAAGAUCAAAACUGAGAGUGUUAGGCGACCAGCCGUUAAUGUAGAUACCGGGGCCAUCUAGUGGCCUGCAGAAACCAUGCUGAGAUUGGUCCUAAAGUUCACCAGUUUUGCUAUGACGGUUAUGUUGGUGACGGAUUGUAGUUUAACUAGAAUUCCUUUAUACCCUUGGUUUUUUUUUUUUUUUUUUUCCUCCCUUUGUUCAGGAGCCUGUUGGUAAGGACCUUCUGCUCAGGAAUCUUGCAGAGCGUAGCCCAGUAAUCUGGUUGUGUUAAAACAAUGAAUUCAUGUCUAACACACAACUUUAUCCUGGACUUUUCCAUGUUACUUUGUAAAUACUUAACACACCAUAUACUUUUUUUUUUUUUUGGCUAAAAGAAAACAUAGAAGCCCUUCAUAGGUCAGGGAGCCAAGAACUUUAGUCACUUUUAAUAUUACCGUCCAUAUUUUAAGGAAAUUGUCUGAAUGACUCCUGAUAGUUGAAUGGUUUAUUUCAAUACCUUCACAAACUCAGCAUUGAGCUAAAGCUGCCAUGUGGGUUCAGGUGCACUGGCAAUAAUUCCUCAAUGUCCUGUGGUAAACCAGGAAACAAACUGUCAGAGGGAACCCCAUGUAUUCUGUGGAUGUUCCUAGAGAACUGGGGGACCAGACGUCUUUGGUCCUCUGGUUCUCAUUGACGGUCGUUUCACUGAACACGUCUGCUCAGCACUUGUAACCCCUGUGUACAAACUGCUUGGAAGCUCUGAGCCAGUUUGGAACCGUUGGCCAUCAGAAACUGCAUGAUUUUGAGGCCUAGUGUGCCAUUUUUGUGUGAACCCGAUGUCUGGUUGCUGUGCAAACCAAGAAUGGCUGUCAAACAAAAAAAGAAAUUCCCUCUGCCCUGGAGUGUUGCAUGAGAAGUGGAACUAUAGGGUUUGAAUGGGUCGCAAGCUCUGAAAAACCAAACUAACGAGAGGGAUUAAAAACAAGCCUUUGAACAGAAAACACUAAAAACUACACUUGGGCGGGUAUGAAAUGCUGAAUGGAGAUGAUAACGUUUGAGCUGCUGAGAAAGUAAUUUGAUGGUAAGCUCUGAUCUACUACAUGGAAUAAUGGCGCACUGAAAUACUGUAUGGUUCCUUGUCCAGAAACCGAUUGAUUGGAUGCAUGGCUGAGGUCAUCUUCACAUGUUCAAACUAUUGUCAGAAUUGCAAGGCUGUUAUAUUUGACUACAUUUAGGUGUUCUAACAUAUCUGCGUUACUGUGAUGAACAGGUGUUUGUGUCCUUGCAAUCUGCGAAAGAGGGGCAUUGUAUACACCUAUCACGAACACAAGAAAAUGCAUGAAUUGAGAUGAACAAGUCUUGCUUUGAAGAGGGAAUGGCUUGACAAAUGCAUUGUUUAUUUGCUUUACAGGGGAAAGAUGACACUUUUUUUAUUUUUCUUUAUCUCCGCUAAAUAAAAUUGGAAAUGCCGUGCUUUUUAAAAAAUGUAUUUGGAGAAAAAAAUAAACAUUUUAAUUUUAGCUAUCAAAGAUGAAUUGGCAGAUCUCAGACCCUUGUGAAGGCAGUUGAAUGUAUAUCUUUGUAAAAAAACAAAACAAAAAAAAACCAUUUAGUUCUGAGGAUGUGGUAGUUAUAAUAGACACGUGAAAGAAAAAGUAAGAUAACCUUUUAUAAAUCUUUUGUAUUAGAACAUUAACAAUGGUAAUUUUUGUAUAUAUGAAGACUAGGCUUUCUGAUUAGCAGAAAGGUAAAACAUUCCUACAUUUUUUUUAAAUGUAUGUUUGUCAAAUAAUUAUGUAAACAUGCCCAAUGUUUUAUGUGCCUUUUAUUUGGGUUGUCUAAAUAAAAGAAAACUAUAAAACAUG